AUAUCAUUACUCUUAUUGUUUACUCUUUCUUUCUUUAUUACUUUAUUGUAUAGAAAAGAGAUAGAGAAAGAGAGAUGCCUACUCCGACUACGGAUUUCAUUGCAGGCUACGUCUCUGGCGCGGUGAGUAUCGCGGUCGGAAACCCGCUCGACAUCAUCAAGGUCAAACUGCAGAAUGCGUCGUCUUCGUCCGCUGCGGUGACGCUCGGAGAGGCAGAUGAGUUGCGUGCAGUGGUGCAGCGGACGACAGCAACAGCAACAGCAACAGCAGCGGCAGAGACAGCCACAGCACCAGCAAAAGACCUCCGCUACCUCCGCUCCCUUCUGCACGGCGUUGCAGCCCCGAUAAUAGGCUACGGCGCCCUCAACGCGCUCCUGUUUGCAUCGUACUCAAUCACGAUGCGCGCGCUGACGAGUCCUUCGUCGCCUGCGCGCGAGUUUCCCGAGAUUGUGAAUGUGUUUGGCGCCGGGACUGUUGCGGGGUUGAGCACGUUCGUGAUCUCCGCGCCGAUCGAGAACGUAAAGUGUCGGGCGCAGGCGACGCAUAGCGGUGCGCUGGGCGGGAGUGCGGCGGGAGCGGGAGCAGGGGAGGUGGGGAAGAGUAGUUGGAAGGUUGCGAAGGAGGUGUACAAGUUUGAGGGAUUCCGGGGAUUUUUCAAAGGUGGUUUGGUCACUGGGUUCAGGGACGGAUUUGGAUAUGGCGUAUACUUUUGGGCGUAUAAUGCAGCAAAGGGCGCGAAGCUCGUUGAAGAGGAGUCCGGAUGGCAGCAUGUCGUGCACUUGCUGCUUGCUGGCGGCAUAGCCGGCUGCGCGACCUGGGCCUCCAUCUUUCCAUUAGAUGUAAUCAAAACCCGCUACCAAACCCAACCGGUUUCACCGACAGGCCAGCCGCUGAAAUACAGCAGCACAUGGGAUUGCGCAAAGAAGUCGUUUGCGGAAGGCGGCGUGCGGGUGUUUUUCAGCGGGCUGAAGGUGUGUCUUGUGCGGGCGUUUUUGGUGAAUGCGAUACAGUUUGGGACGUAUGAGUGGAUGGUGAAGGUUAUUGAUGGUAGAUAGGAAUAUGAUA